UUAUGCUAUUACAGCCAUCAAUUUAAUGAGCCUCCAAUCAGUUCUGUCUUAUGUGUGGUUAGGUCGCAAUGGAACCUUCUGGGAUAAGGCAUCCUAUUGCCCAAAGUUUGCGGGUGGUAAAGAAACUGUCUGCUCAGAUUAUUGCACCAAAAAAAGUGAUUGGUCCAACUAAUGGGGCAGUUGAGAGGCAUCCCCUUUCUUUGAUAAACAGUAAUAAACCAGCUUCAGUAUUAAAGGCUGUUCCACCUUCCAAAAUUGGAAUAGGGAGACGCCCCUUUGCCUUAUUGAACAAUGAGAACAAACCUGCUGCUCAGCUGAUAAAGGUUGUUGCCCCUCUCAAAGCUGGAGCUGAGAGGCGUCCUUUUGGCCUAUCAAACUAUGAAAAUAAACCUGCUCAGCCCCUUGCGGUUUCAUCAUCUCCCCAAGGUUUCCCCAUAAACCCUCAACCUUUACCUAAAGCUAAAAAUUCCACUCUGGUUAAUGUGCCUUUAAAUGUGAGCAAUGCUGUUAAUUUGCAGAAGACCACCUCUGCAUCUGCAGUUCGAAUUACCUAUAUCCCAAAGCUGCAACCUGUUAACAUACCCAUUUUGAAAGAACCAAAUUCAGUGAGAGCAGAAAAAGAGCAGGGCAGCUCACUGAGAAUUAGCCGAGAGAAUUCAGAGGCUAAUGUUGCCACUCAAAUUAGAAGCUCAAAGUUUUUUAAGCCUUUGAAUGAUUUAAUUUCUGAAAAAGAGGCUAGACAGCUUAAGAAUAAGGGAGCCCAGGAAGCAAGUACUGAUAGAGAGAAACAAAUUAGGAAAAAGUUUGAAGUUCAUUUCAAGAAACCUUCUAUUGCCACAAUGAACUGCACACAAGUUGAAAUGCCAUCCUGUCUAGAGGAUAUACUUCCAUCUUGUAAUGAAUAUAAAGUCUGUCAUUUUGAAAAGAAGCAGUGUGGUUUUUCAGCUGUUAUUAGAACAAACAUUUAUGACAAAGAAAGUGCAUUAAGGUGGAUUGAUAUUUUUGAAACUGUAACAAAAAUAGAUCUCCGCUCAAAGGACACUUUCAGAGAAAAUUCUGACCGAAUAGUUUUCAAGAAAGUGUAUCGUUGUCACUGUGAUACAAGGGCAGAUCAACCAAGUAGCAAAACAAAGAAAGCGCAUGCCAAACAUACUGUAUGUCCAGCCAAUGUCAUCAUUACAGUGAAGAACCGUGAUAUGAAGAGGAGUAUUGAUGCGUUGCUCCAAACCUACCCAUGUGAGAUUACUGUGAACUACUUGCAUAAUCACAGAGUUGAGUGUGCAGAUUCACUAAGACACAGAAGGCCUUCCUUGGAAGUAAAGAGUACCAUUUUGCAUUUAUUCGAAAAGAAACAUUCACCUGCCUCUGCAUUAACUAGUUUAAAAAACAAGAUGCAAGUGAAGUUUGGAGAUGACUAUUUUAAGCAUGCAGCUGAUGGAUCUGAGUGCCCUACAUAUAAGUGGGUUUAUAAUCUAUUCCAUGCAACAUAUCAGAAAAAGUACGGUCAGCCAUCUGGAGAAGGAAUGAUUGAGACUUUAAAGCAAUUCAUUAAAGACUACAAUGAUGCAUGUGGCUCUGAAUGUGCAAAAGUCGCAACAGAGUCUGAAGACAUUGCUGUUGUCAUAUGUAGUCCCAUGAUGAAAAGAGCGCAUGAACUUCUCAGAAGCAGCGGAGAAAUGGUCACUGUUGAUUCUAGUGGAAAUAUGGACUUUCAAAAUACAAGAGUAUUUUUCUUUGUUUCCCCUUCUGUUGCUGGUGGCAUACCAGUUGGUGUUGUUUUCACCACAUCUGAAGCUACUUAUCCUUUGGAAAAGGCAUUUUCUUUGCUCAAAGAAGUGCUUCCUGACAAAGCUUUUUAUGGAAGAGGAAAGGAUGCAGGCCCCAAACUAUUUAUGACAGAUGAUAGUACAGCAGAAAGAACUGCUCUCCGUACAACCUUUACAGCCAAAGACCUGGUUCUACUACUUUGCAAAUUCCACCUGCUAUUUGCCAUGUGGAGAUUCUUACUGGAUUCCAAACAUAACAUCAAAGCUGCUUGCCGUCCUGAACUAUAUUUUCUCUUUAAGCAGCUUGUUGACUGUCCAGAUCUCAGCUCUUUCAAUGCUAUGUACGAUGAACUAAUCUCUCUUGACAUUGUAAAAGACAACAAAACUUUUAGAGAGCAUGUUAUAAAGAAAAAGGAAACUGCUAGUGAAUGGGCGAUGCCAUUUAGGAAUCAUCUCCUGACCCGAGGUCAUGAUACUAAUAAUUACAAUGAAGUUACCACUCUGUGUGUAAAAGACCAAGUCUUCCAGCGAGUGAAAGCAUACAACAUGGUACAAAUGUUUGAUUUCAUGACAAAUGACUUGGAUGCAUACAUCAAGAGGAGAAUUACUGAUUGUUUGAAUAACAGGAUGGUCAAUUAUACCUCAUCAAGAUAUUUCAUUCCUGAAGAUAAAAUAAAAUCUUUGUCUGUACAUUCCAAGAUAUCAGAUACUGUUUAUGAGGUUUAUAAUUCAGAGAGCAAGAAAAAAUACAAAGUGGAUUUGGUAACUGAUGUCUGCUCAUGCCCAAUCGGCCGAACAGGAGCUCCCUGUAAACACCAAUAUUUCCUUGUGAAAACUCUUGGUCGUACUUCUGCACAAUUCGUACCUAUCAAUGAUCCACAGGCGAAAAUGCUUCUCCACAAAAUUAUGAAUGGGACAACUGCAAAUGUUCCCAGUGAGUGGUAUGAAAACCAUAAACUGACACAAACUGUUACUGUUAACUAUCAGAAUAAUAUCUGUGAAGGAACAGGAACCUCAACUAAUGAAGUUGAACAGUCGUCAGAAGAAGCACAAGGGCAAAAUACCGUGCAAGGGGAAGAAGGAAGAUUAACCAAUGAUGUGACAGAUGCUGAUGCUUUAUCUGAAGACAAGUUUCUUUGCCAUCAAAAAUUGAAUGAGCUGCUAGAGGACAUGAGAAGAAGACUAGAGGAACGGCCAGAAGUGUAUUUGCCUGCCUAUGAAAAAUUCCUUAGAAGAUAUGAUGAGUGUAAGAAUUCAGAGACAACCUAUGUGUCUGCUUUCCACAAUUUCAACCGCCUUAAUGGUCAUACAUCACUCAGAGGAGGUAUGCGAGAAAUGACUGUUCAGCCAACAGCCAUUGGUAGGAGAAAGAAAUAUACAGGAGGAAAGCGUGCCCAGAGAAAAGGACGGCCACAAGAAGGAUUUCGAGAAGAAAACAGCAGGAAUAAGAGAGGUGUAGAAGAGGCAAACUACGCCCAUCUUCCUUCCAAAAAGAAAAUGAAGUUGUCCCAUAAUAUAAGUCAAAAUAUUAUGCAAACAUCUGUUUUUUCUCAAAAGAAGUAAUUCAUUUAUUG